GCAUGGCAUCCCAUAAAUGCCAUUAACGUAAAAUAAAAAUGCUAUAUGUAAAAUGUUUGUGAUGUUGGCAUAACGAUAUCCUAAAUAAGGAAACCAGAAACAAAAUCCAGAUCAUUGAUUCCAUCUCCCUCUCCCUGGAGACCCAAGCAACGUAACCUGAAAAACUAUGAAGCAUGCAUCAAAAUUAAACAGAAAACCUAACCUUCUCUUACACAAAACCACCCCAUAAUUCUUCCCCAAUAAUGGUCUCCCCCUCUCCAAUUCCCUCUCAAACUCUCACAAUCCCAUAUCCAGAGAGAGAGAGAGAGAGAUAGAGAGACGGAGAGACAUAUUGCAGCAGAGAUUUCAUAUUCAAGGUGAUGAUUCCAUGUGCCCUGUUCUCUUUCACCUUCGAUAUAAAACAGGGGAGAACAGAGCAAUACAGAGAGAAAUUAGUUAUAAUUAGAGCCAAUCCCAUUUGAUUUCAAUGCAAUUUUCAUUCAAAAUCCUCCAGAAUAUUUCAUGGAUUUUGUUGAUUUUCCUCAUUUUCUUCCUUCUUUCUUCCUCUGCUGCCCGUAGCUCUGAAAUCCACCUUAUCUGCGGUGCCCCAAAGGACGACCUCAGUUCUGCCGUUUCCACGUCUUUCGUUCCAAAUUUUGUUAAAGUUAUGGAAUCUAUCCAACAACAAGUGUCUAGUAGAAAUUGGGGACAUUCUGCUGUUAUCCAGCCAUUGCCUGAGGUCUAUGCCUUAGCCCAGUGCCACAGUGAUCUCUCUAGCCUUGAUUGCAAACUCUGUUUUAGCCAAGGUAGAGUUAAGCUCCCCCGUUGCCUCCCUAACACCGCUGCUCGUAUCUUUCUUGAUGGAUGCUUUCUUCGUUACGAUAAUUACAACUUCCUCCAUGAAUCCAUCGACCCCACUUAUGAUAACGUGAACUGUAGCCAUCCAACAGGUGCUUUGACAGAUAGCUCUUUGCAUACGGCUUUUAAGAAAAAGGUUGCAGAAGUGAUCACAAAUGUCACUGACAGAGCCCUCGAAAAUGGAACUUUUGCCACUGUGGAGGGAAAAGGAGGAGGUAUUCCAGUUUAUGCAUUGGCCCAGUGUUGGAAUUCGCUUACUUAUUGGGGUUGCAGAGCUUGCUUGCUGAAGGCAGGCUCACAAUUGAAGCAAUGUGCUCCUGGGUCACAGGGCCAGGCUCUUUUUACCGGUUGUUAUAUGAGAUAUUCUACUGAGAGAUUCUUCAACACCAGCUCAGGAAGAGCAAGUAGAUGUCGCACCAAAGCUGUUAUAGCAAUUGCUAUGGCAGCGGCCGCGUUCAUUGUGCUGGCUUCCUUUGGUGCUUUUAUUGGGUAUCAGAGAGUAUCAAAAAGGAGAGAAGAACAAAACAAUAUCAGGGGCCUUGCAACAAGGUCUAAUCUGAACUUCAAGUAUGAAGUCCUUGAGAAGUCGACCAAUUUUUUCAGCGAUGACAUGAAAUUAGGCCAAGGAGGAGCUGGUUCUGUAUUUAAAGGAAGCCUACCUGAUGGAAGAACGGUUGCAGUUAAGAGAUUAGUCUACAAUACACGGCAAUGGGUUGAUCAGUUCUUCAAUGAAGUGAAUUUGAUCAGUGAUAUUCAGCACAAAAAUCUUGUAAGACUUUUGGGUUGCAGUAUUGAAGGUCCUGAGAGCCUUAUUGUUUAUGAAUAUGUACCCAACAGGAGCCUUGAUCAAAUUCUUUUCGUGAAGAAUAUCCUAAGCUGGCAACAGCGGUACAAUAUCAUCCUUGGAACAGCAGAAGGGCUUGCAUAUCUCCAUGGAGGUUCAGGAGUGAAAAUUAUUCACAGAGACAUAAAAACUAGCAAUAUUCUCCUUGAUGAGAAGCUUACUCCAAAGAUUGCUGAUUUUGGACUUGCUCGUUGCUUUGCUACCGAAAAUACCCAUAUUAGCACCGGCAUUGCAGGAACACUGGGAUAUAUGGCUCCUGAGUAUCUCAUUCGAGGGCAGUUAACAGAAAAAGCAGAUGUUUAUGGUUUUGGUGUUCUCGUCCUGGAGAUUGCUACUGGCAAAAAGAACAGCAUUUACUCUCAGGGAUCCAAUUCAAUUUUGCACUCUGUAUGGAAGCAUUACAAGGCAAAAACACUUGCUCAAGCCAUAGAUCCUCGUCUGAGUGAUAGAAAUCCUGGGAAAGAUGCAGAAAAUGUGCUUCAAAUAGGACUUCUAUGUACACAAGCUUCUGCUUCACUGAGACCGUCCAUGACUGAAGUAGUUCAGAUGCUAACCGAUAGCGAAUUUGAAAUCCCUUCACCAAAGCAACCUCCUUUCUUGAAUGCUAGUGUGCUUAGUGCAGAUGACUCUACAGAAAACUCCAUGACAAUAGUUUCACUUACAAGGACUUCUUCCAUACCCUUAAAUCUGCAGGAAAUAACUAGAUUGCCCUCAAAUGGUAGCCAAGAUUCAUUCGUUACAGCUAGUGCUGGAUGGGAUUGUGCUUCAGUGGAGAAUUCUGAGCCAAGAUAGCAUCAACUUCGAAUCAUUCUAAGCUUUGGAGAAAGGGAUCAUUGUUUCUUGCAUAUUCAACAAAUGCAAGUCCAGAAACAGGCCUCUCUUUGCAGUGCCGGUGGUGGGUCGGAAAAGAACAGAUCGAGCAAGAAGAUGUGCGAGGGGAGAAUGAGGUGUUGAAGCCAUCGAAGUCGAAGUUGAAGGUUUCUUGCACAUAAAAUGGAAAGACAAGUUUGGUUCAUCAUGUAGAGAUGUGUAACUGCUUAUGAUACUUGAAUUUUCCCUGGAGGGGGGAGAUUCACAUAGGUUUUUCCCUUUUUAUUUUUUUUCCCCUUAAAAAAACCCUCAUGUACUUUUGGGUUAAUUUUCCCAUUAAACACGUCCAUUGACAUGUAUAUAUCUUUAUAAAAAAAAAAUUUGGUCCA